CAGGAAGAGACGAAAUUUGUUAACUGAUUGCGGUUACGGCAAUGCUGUUCAAAUGUUCUCAGCUGUCGUCCUGUCAACAAUAACAAAGAAAGGAGUUUAAAAAACCAGAAUAUUGGCUAAAAGUAGUGACUGAAGAUAUGGCUGAAACAAAUUCGACUUUACACCAACCAUGGACAAAAGUUCUAUACCAACGCAGCACCUAUCCGGAUAAUUACACUGACCCCAAAUUUUUGGAGGAAAUAAAACAUAACGUGCAUUUUAAACCUGUAGAUUCACGCACGGCUGUGUUGAAAUCGACUAGAAUAUCUACGCAGAUCAGCGUAACAGUUAUUUUUUGGGCGGUUUUCCUCCAACUCAAGGAAGGCAAUGGAUCUUGGGAGCUGACAUAUGGAAUGUUUUCUUGCCUCAUAGUUGCUGGCUAUGUGAUGUCUUUUCGCUUCAAUAACAUUUUACCUGUUAUAAAAAAUGUUCUCCUUUUCAUAGCUAUUGGGUAUGGUUGUACACCUGUACUUAAAACUUUAACAGAUACAAUUAGUACAGAUUCCAUCUAUGCAAUGAGUGUAGUUCUUAUGUUAGUGCACAUUGGUUUUCAUCAAUACGGCAUGGGUGGAGUAUGUGUCUCUCCUUAUGUUUCCCUCAAUGCAGCCAUUUGUGGGGCAAUAUGCCUUGCAUCACGUCUCCAAGAAACAAGACAUGCAUUUGCACUGCUGGCUUUGGCUGUACAGGCAUUUGCUUUAUUCCCAGAAUUGUAUGAAGCCCUUAAUCAUACUCCAAUUGCUUUCACAAUUUUGACUGUUGGUGCCUUCUUUUGCAUGGUUUCUAUUUCUACCGUUUCAGCCUCACUAUUUCUUGUAUCCAUAUUUUGUGUAAACAUAAUUUUCCCAUUGUGCUUUGUUUGGGCCCAACAGUAUAAAAACAAUAUAUAUGGUCCAUGGGAUGAGGCCAUGGUUUUCAACAGAUGAAAGCAUAAAGUGUAACUUACCAAUAAUCUGUAAUAAAACAAAAGUUUGUAAGUAAA